AAUAAGACCUAGAAACCUCCUCCCCUGCAGAAAUCUAGUAGAAGGCGUCACUCAGGAGACAAUUGGCUACUGCCAACUUCACCAAUCGGGGCAUCAGCAAUUUAUGAGAUGGGAUUCAAAUCCCUUGAGCCCCAAAAUGGCAAGGCAUAGAGGACAAUCAACUAUCAUGCAGGGACUCAUCUUAUCAUAGUCAGGAGAUUUAAUGCAGAAGAGAAAGAGACUAAUGCCCAAUCAAACCCAUGGAAAUCGCCUAUAAAGCUCGUAAAACUCAUCCAGAAAGGCAGAUCAGCUCUAAUCUUGGCUAUUGUUCCUAGAGAAACCCUUUCAGUAGAAAAAACACCAAAAAUCCAGCCCUCUUUGAAAAUAACCAGUCACCCCAUGGAGAUCAAUCCGAGAGACAACCGGGCUGGAAAGGGCCAUUUGGUUCUCAACAUCCAACCACAAGAAAAUGGAGGAAGGGGAAGUGAAAACAAGGUCCUGAUCACAAAGUGGCUGACUGAAAACAACAUCUCACCAGGGAAGGCGAGAAAUGCUACUCAAGCUAAAUGGAGGACCCAUGGCGAAAUCACCAUCAAGAGAGAAGCCAAAAACCUGUUCGUGUGCACUUUCCCAACGGUAGCGGGUAGAGAUGCGGUCUGGAACUCCCGCCCCUGGAGCCUCUCCAACUGCCUGAUUGCAAUCCAAAAGUGGGAUGAAGAAACUAAGCCAGAGGAGGUGGAAUUCCCAACUGUCACGCUGUGGGCUCAGAUUCAUGAUCUUCCCCAGGUCCUCAAAGAGGAGAAUUCCAUCCAGAAUGUUGCUGAAUUUCUCUUCCCAAAGCUCCAUAGAGUUGACAGAUCAAGCCUUGAAGCCACUGGAUGGAUGAGAUUCACUCGGGUACUUAUCGAAGUGGAUCUCCAAGAGCCAGUACUGAUUGGGUUUGAAUACCCUCUUGGGAGGAAAGCUGUGUGGGUGAGCCUAAAAUAUGAAAGGUUCACAGAUCUGUGUUAUUUCUGCGGAAAGAUUGGACACCUGUUUCAUAGCUGCCAGACCAGGGAGGAGUGCAGGGAGAAGGGCUACAACACCGAGCCAUCAGGGAUCUACCGCGCUGCACUGAAAGCCGGCUAUGAAUCACCGGCGGCUACUCCUCCGGCAUCCUUUCGCCGCAAGACGCAAGGUCAGAUCGACAGGGAGGAGAGGCAUCUGGAAAAAGGAAAUCCAUCAUCCCAAGACGGCCUUGGGAACACCACCCCAACGGCUCUUAUCACUGGUGCAGGGGAAUCCUCGACUCCAAUCUCACAGACGAUGGGUGACAACCUCUUCCUAGGUCAGAGAUCCAUAACGGAUACUGACAUCUUUCCUCACUCAUCUCCCUCUUUACAGCAAAAACUCUGUUCCCCAAGGAGGCUUGAGGAUGAUUUGGAAGAGGUGGCUGCGGCAGUGCAGUACUCCCUGGAUCUUAAUGUGGGAGCCAAAUAUAGGGGAGACAUCCCUCUUCAGCUGAAGAAAGGGACUGGGCUCAUUUGCUUGGGCUCAGAAAAAGAGAUGGGCUUAGUGGUUCAAACUCACAACUUUGGAAGCCCGCAUUAUAUUAUGGAGGAGCAACAACCAUUAUCCAUUGUUGAAGAAGCCCAACUCAACUAUGAAAGGGAGCUUGGACGGGCUGAAAAGAAGAGGAAACAAGAGUGGCUUCUCAAUCUGUCAGGAGGCCCAAGUGGAGAGUUUGUACACACUAACUUGUCCAAACCUUUUCUGUUUAGCCCAGGUUCAGAAGGCAACACAGCUGGAGACAAAAGGAAGAAGAUUGGAGCUAGAAGAGAAUGAUGGCAGGAGGUUCGACAAAAAACUCAAGCAGCAGGGGAUGAGAACUACUCUUGCUCUCAGGAGGCGGUGGGAAGCCUUAAUCCACCUGACCCAGAAUGAGGAUCCUGAGUUGGAACUGUAGGGGAUAUGGCCAACCCCUUACAAGAAGCCAUUGCAACAGGUUAUGUAGAAGCCUGGGCCCGUCCAUUCUCUUUCUCAUGGAAACGAAACAAGAAGAAGAAUACAUGGAGGGAAAGAGGAGAAGAACGAAUUUUACAAAUGCGAAAUAUAUAAACCCUAGUGAAGGAGGCAGUGAGUUAGCCCUUUGGUGGAAGGCUGGAAUCUCUAUCCACUUUUUAGAUUCUAGCAUCCACUUCUUCGAUGUUUGUAUUAGUAGUGGCACUAGCAGUUUCUUUGUUUCUUUUGUUUAUGCCCCGACCACUACGGUGGAAAGAAGGGCUUUUUGGGAGCAUAUGAGCUCCUUUAGGGGUAGCAUUUAAGACCAGUGGCUUAUUGUAGGAGACCUGAACAUGGUGCUGUAUGAUCAUGAGAAAGAAGGAAGGUGUUCUCUAAGGAAUGAAAUCACCACCCCGUCAAGUAUUUCAUCUCGCACAAUGCUUUGGUUGAUCUCGGAUUCAAGGGUCCAAGAUUCACAUGGACAAACAAGCAACAAGGACAGAAUCUGAUAAGGGAAAGGUUGGAUAGAGUCAUUUGUUCAGCAUCUUGGAGAGAAGAAUUCGACAAAGCAGUUGUUUUCAUGAGGAUAUGGUUGAAUCAGAUCACUGUCCCAUCCGGGUGGAUAUCAAUUUCAAUGAUAAUAGGAGGAGAACUCCCUUCAGAUUCGACAAAUGAUGGAAAGAUCAAGUGGAAUGUGGUGAGAUUAUUUUGAAAAUUUGGGAAGAACAAGGGGACUCAUCCAUUAAGCUUCAGAGAUGUGAAACAGAACUUGUCAGUUGGGCUAGAGACAGCAAAAAAGAGAGAAUGAAGAGGGAAUUAGAAAUCAAAACCAGACUUCAAAAUCUCCAAGGUCCGGCCAGGACUCUUGCGGACGUGGUAGAGGAGAAAGCGCUUACUAUGGAACUGGCCAAUAUUUGGAGGGAAGAGGAGGCUUUCUGGGCACAAUGUUUCCGGAUUCAAUGGUUACAAAAAGGGGACCAGAACUCUGCCUUUUUCCACUCUAGUACGAUUCAAAGGCACCACUUUAACCGGAUUCUCAAACUGAAAGAGGACAACGGGAAUUGGAUUAUUAUGAGACCCAUCUCAGGGAGCUGUCUCAGAAUUUCUUCUCCACCCUGUUUCAAGCCCGUCCUGCUGUGCAUUUUGAUCACCUUCUUCAGGACUUCCCUCAAUUGGUGCCAAGUGAAAUGAAUGUCCAGUUAUGUG